CAAUAUAGACCACAGCCUUUCGUUUCCAAUGGGAACUAGUGGUGGGGAGUCGACUCCAAAAUAAUCAAUUCCUCGACUUCUAUUUCUGGGUGUCAAGCUUCUAUUCCGACUUCUAAGAUUCUGUAUUUUUGCAACGGAUUAAACUAUUUUCCGUAGACUACUUCGAGAACACAAACUCUCGAAUCUUUCACAGCAAAAAAAGAGCGAGGGAGAGAGAUCGGAGAGGCACAGCCUGGCAUGUCCGCCACCUGGCAGAACCGUGCAUCGGUAAUCAAAAGAUGUAUGGUAGGCUGGGCUAUCGCAAUUUACUGGCUUUGUAAUGUCUCGRCCUUUGACUGAGCCACAACGGAUAAGACAGGAGUGAAGAGACCUCCCCGCCCCUAACAGUCACACUUGGACAAACCCAUCAUGUUGGUGACAGCCUACCUGGCCAUAGUGGUCCUACUGGUGCUAUGUGUCUGUCUGGAGCUAACGGCACGUCGCCUCACCCCACCUCAACCCACCCCCUCUGCCAUGGGCACCAACCCUGCCUUCCGUAGGUUCCAGACCUUGUUCCUCCGAGGCUACCUCUUAGCCUUGUCGGCUGACUGGCUGCAGGGGCCAUACCUCUACAAGCUCUACCGCCAUUACAGCUUCCUGGAGUCCCAGAUAGCCAUCCUGUAUGUCGUUGGCCUGGCCUCCUGUGUGCUGUUUGCMCCCGUGGCUAGCUGGCUUCCUCAGGUCCUGGGGCGGAGACGGACCUGCCUGCUCUUCUGCGUGGCCUACUCAGCCUGUUGCUUCACCAAGCUGUCCCGUGACUACUUUGUCCUGAUCCUGGGUCGCGUGCUAGGAGGCCUGUCCACCUCUUUGCUCUCCACAGCCUUCCAGGCCUGGUACGUGCACCGACAUGUUGACGUCCACGACUUCCCUAAAGAAUGGAUCCCCAGUACCUUCACCAAGGCUGCUAGCUGGAACCACGGGCUAGCGGUGGGGGCUGGGCUGGUGGCUAACAUGCUGGCUGAGUGGCUCCACCUGGGGCCUGUGGCGCCCUUCCUCCUGGCCGUGCCCUGCCUUGGGGCCUGUGGCUGGGUGGUGCUGACUGAUUGGGGCCUGGAGGAGAAGGAUGGAAGCCUGGAAGGGGACAACAAGAAGCCCUUGCUCGGUCCUUCUAGUUCAGCACCUCUGGCCCGGGCUUCUGCGCGGGCCCGGUUCUGGCGCAGCUGUCAGGAAAGCCUCCGCUGUCUCUUAUCAGACAGACGGGUGAUGCUGCUAGGAGGAGUCCAGGCUCUAUUUGAGAGUGUCCUCUAUAUAUUCAUCUUCCUGUGGACCCCCGUCCUGGACCCGUACGGCCCUCCACUGGGCAUGGUCUUCUCCUGUCUGAUGGCAGCCAGUAUGGCGGGGUCCCUGCUCUACCGCCUGGCCACCUCCACCCGCUACCGCCUCCAGCCUGGUCACCUCCUCUGCAUCUCCAUGCUGCUCGCCUUUUUCUCCUUCUUCAUGCUCAUCUUCUCCACCGCCCCGGGCCAGCCCAGACACCGCGAAUCCCUGCUGGCCUUCCUGAUGCUGGAGCUAGCCAGUGGCCUCUACUUCCCCGCUGUCAGCUUCCUCCAGGGGAGGGUGAUCCCUGAGGAGAAGAGGGCCGGAGUGCUGGCCUGGUUCAGGCUGCCCCUUCACCUGACGGCCUGCCUGGGGCUGCUGGCGCUCCACAGGGAGGUGUCGGGGACCGGAGGGGGCGAGGGAGGUAGUGGAACCAGGCAUAUGUUUGGUGGUUGUGCUGUUUUGAUGCUAGCUGCACUCUUGGCUGUGGUCAGUCUCUUUACACUGGGAAGGAACGAUGUGGAUCUCAGACUGGAUGGGCCCAAAGGAGAGGGAGAUAUAUGACAUUUAGAUUCAGAAAACUGAACUGUCCCAACAUUGGGCAAUGCCAUGGUGGAGAAGGCUUUGUUUACAGCGAUGAAGACUUGUUUGGGAACUGAACAACUUUUGUAUGACUGAAAACUGAAGCUUAAUCAACAUAGGAGUUACUAAUAUAAGACAAUGAUUUAAAAUAAUCUGGUGUUGGUAAGGUAUAUAUUUUUUGUUGCAAGAUUUCCUGAUAUUUAUUUGUUUUAAUUUUGUUAAGACUAGCAAAUAUCUUAUUAGAUUGUUGAGUAUAUGAAGAAAAUGAGUUUAUUUGGAUUUACUAUGUGGCAGUCUGCAUCUUCUCAAGGGGUUGGGUUAAAUGCAGAAGAAACACUUUGGUUGAAUGCAUUAAGUUGUGCAACUGACUUAUUUCUUUAAACACACACACACACACACACACACGCACUUGCUUGUGUAUUAAUGUUGCACCCGUUGGUAGCUCCAGGAUGUUAUUUAUAUCUCACCCUGACCACGUUGUAGAGUUUAUCAACUGCAUUGUUCAGGGUGUACCUCUCAGCCAGGGCAGAACAAGGCUUCCAUCACUAGGGUUGUUCAGGGUGUACCUCUCAGCC